UUGAUCAAUAAGUGUUGGGAGGAGACUGGAAGCAGCUGCUUUAUAUAUGAUGGAAGCAAACCCUUCCAGUCACCCAGCCCCUUUCCUGGUGAGACAUGUGGCAUGCUGCUAGAAACACAUAGCCGAGCUGUGCAUGAAGCACAACAAUCUCAUCUCUUUCUCGUUAUUCUCGUCAUACAGGUUCCUCUAUAGAGACAGUCUGUAAAAAUGUCCGGCUCUCAGAGAAGUUUAGCUAAAGGCAGUGCCGCCCCAGGGCCAGUGCCACAAGGGUUGAUUCGACUAUACAGUAUGAGGUUCUGCCCCUUUGCCCAGAGAGCAAGACUCGUCCUGGUCGCCAAAGGAAUCAAGCAUGAAGUGGUGAACAUAAAUCUGUUGGACAAACCGGACUGGUUUUUUGAGAGGAGUCCUUUAGGUCUGGUACCUUCCAUUGACACUUCUGAUGGGAAGAUAAUCUAUGAAUCACUUAUUGUUUGUGAAUACCUGGAUGAAGCCUUUCCUGGGGUGAAGCUGAUUCCAUCUGACCCUUAUGCAAAAGCUGAACAGAAGAUGUUACUGGAAACUUUCUCUCCAAUCAUAGCUAUAUUUUACAAGAUUGUGUUUGCACUGAAAAAAAAGGAAGACACAACUGAUUUAAAAUCACAGUUUCUUGAGAAGUUCACAAAACUGGAAGAGGCGCUGGUUAAGAAGAACACACCCUAUUUUGGUAGUAAAUCUGUGUCCUUUAUUGACUACAUGGUAUGGCCCUGGUUUGAGAGAUUCAGCGGUUUUGGAUUGAAAGAUCUUCUGGAUAAGACGCCAAAUAUCAAAGCUUGGCAGGAUCGUAUGCUACAAGACCCAGCUGUCAAGGCAACCUUCACUGAACCAGAAGCCCUCUUGGAAUUUUUUAAACUCUACUCUCAGGACAGUUUGGAAGCUGUUGAUUAUGGCCUUAAUUAA